AGCUUUAGCUUUAAGAAUGACACACAACAUCGUUCUAAGCAUGGCUCUGUGGUUGACCAUGGUCGGGUAGGUUAAAAAGAAAAUGUCAACACCAUAUCUAAUAGAUGCAUUAUGAUUUUUUGGUUUUGUUUUGGCUUUUUUUUCCCUUUUAUGGACUUUUUUUCUUCAUUAUUUUUUUGUUUGAGAGGACUGGUUGCCUCAGAAUAUAAGAGUCAUCAAGUCAAAACUAAAAGAGGUAUCUGUUAAAUGGAAUAAUACCCAUCCUGUGUUCUCUACUCUGAAAUUUGACUGUGUGGCAGCCAUAUGCCUCCAGCAGGAGAAAAAUUGCACUGCUACCACCAUUUCCAGGAAAUCCAACUAGUGUUUGUUUGAAGAUUAGGAUCCAGCUUUUGUACAAAGCACCUCAAGAGAUCAAGCAGAAGUAAUUAACUUAUUUAAAUUAUCAUCUAACAUGAACACAAAUCACCUUUUGGAGAGAAAAUCUACUCAAGAAUGAUUUGAUACAGCUGAUCAACCAAGCAGUUCUUGUUGCUGCCUCUCCUUAUUUCUGCCAUAGGUAUUUAAGUAUGGAAAUCCUCAGGUCCAUAUGAGCUGCCAUUGCAUGACCUGAGGCAACUUCAUUUUCUAAUGAAACAUGUAGAAAAUCUUUCUCAACUAGUCCUUUGAAGUAAUUUUCUUUAAUGUAGUAUUGUUUUUCAUUUUGUGUUAUUAUUGUCAGAAAGGGGAGCAUUUAAAUUACUUGCAAUGUAUGCAUAGUUGAAGUUGAAAUUCAGAAUAAACACGAACAUUUAAAGCUUAACUGCUUCAAAAACUUCCUUGAUGCCAUUGCUGACACAAAUUUAUAGCGUAUCUUUUUAUUAAAAAAGGCUGAUUUUAAUUCCUGAAGAUAAAAACCAAAAUAAUUCCAAAAUCUUAAAAGUUACUGUUUCUACACACUUGGAGUUCAGUCAGAGAGGCAGUAAUAAUAUCUCAAAACUCAAUACUUCUUUAUUGGCAGGGUGCAGAGUGCUUUUUCUCCUGCUCACUUUGCAGAAGGCAUUUAGCACAUCACAGAAUCAUAUCUCCAGUUUUCUUGGAAAUAUACAAUGUAAGAGAGGGAGGACAAAAUGUUAAGAGUACAGUGUCCAAAUUGGCUGGUAGAGAGAGGCUGUUUGUACUCCAGAAAACUGCUUUGAUAUUUUACUCUUGACUUGGUGAACAUUGAAAUAGCUACUUGUCUGGAAUUGUUAUAAUAAUCAAUUUUUACAACAUUCUAAUUUCUUCUUUCUCAUGCUGAGCACAGUCUGGGACCCUGGGGUUCACAGAACUUCUUAAUUUAUCCAUAUUAAUUGUAUCUUUAAUGGACUUUUUUAUAUUUACUCUUAUGCAUGCAAAACCAGCAUAUGCUGCUAUGUAUGAAAAGCUAAAAAUCAAAACAGAAAAAGUGAAUUAAUUUCAUCUGGGUGUGCCUUACUGCCAUUUACAGAUUUGCAAAUUACAUGUUCUGUAAAUUGUAAAUUUAAUUUUAAAUUGUAGCUGGUAUAUACUGUACUGUGCCAGAUUCUAUUCUCAGUAAAUUUACAGUGGUGCAAAUUGAACUGAAAUCUGUGCUUUAUAUAUCUGAGCUGGGUUUCAUUAUAAUUGAAACUAUGAAAAGGUCAAAGUGGUCUUUGGUACUACCUGGUCCCUGCUCUGAGUAGUGCUUUGGGGGCUUGUGUAGUUGCACAUCUCCAUAGCAUUAGGAUCCUGAUGUGCUCUAGAAAGUGCUGGUUUUGUGAGCUGCUGCUGAUUAUAAAUUAAGUGCCAGUCUGUAAAUUCUUCAGGAAACCUGGAAACAUGCUAUUGAGAAAGCCAAGCACAUGCCUGAUCCCUGGGCAGAAUUUCAUCUGGAGGACGUUGAGACAGAACAUGCCACUCGUUACAGGUACAAUGCAGUUACUGGGGACUGGGUUGAAGAUGAAGUCCUUAUCAAGAUGGCUUCUCAACCUUUCGGUCGUGGAGCAAUGCGGGAGUGUUUCAGAACGUGAAAAAAAGCUGUCCAACUUCUUACACAGUCAGAACUGGAAAGGUGCCUAUAAUUAUGUUGCCAAGCAAUACAUAGAGAGUGUAAGCAGGGAUGUUUAUUUUGAGGAUGUUCGACUGCAGAUGGAAGCAAAACUCUGGGGAGAAGAGUACAACCGGCACAAGCCACCAAAACAGGUGGAUAUAGUGCAGACCUGUAUUAUCGAAAUGAAGAACAGGCCUGGAAAGCCUCUCUUUCAUCUGGAACAUUACAUUGAGGGCAAAUACAUCAAAUACAACUCAAAUUCUGGAUUUGUGCGAGACGACAACAUUCGUCUAACUCCUCAAGCCUUCAGUCACUUCACCUUUGAGCGCUCAGGACACCAGCUCAUUGUUGUUGAUAUCCAGGGAGUUGGAGAUCUUUACACAGAUCCUCAGAUCCAUACAGAGAGUGGUACAGAUUUUGGAGAUGGCAACCUAGGUGUUCGAGGUAUGGCCUUGUUCUUUCAUUCUCAUUUCUGCAACAACAUCUGCAAAAGCAUGGGGCUUGCACCAUUUGAUCUUUCAUCCAAAGAGAAAGAUGCCUUGGAUUAUAAUAAAAAAUUGCUUGAAUCUGCUCAAACAAUCCUCCGUGGCACAGAGGAGAAAUGCGGCAGCAGCCGGGUGAGGACGGUGUCCGGGAGUCGGCCCCCGCUGCUCUUCCGCCUGUCUGAAAACUCCGGGGAUGAAAGCAUGAGUGAUGUGGCAUUCGACUCCCUGCCCUGCUCUCCAUCCUCUGCAACCCCUCACAGCCACAAGGUGGACAUGCUUAAUUGGCCUGUGUUCAGUGAAGUAGAUAACUUGGAUCAGCUUGACAACAAAAGGGAUUUUGAAAAUGGUGGAGACAGUGGAUAUCCCAGUGAAAAGAGAAGUGAGACAGAAGAUUUGGAUCAUAGAGAGAGGGGCCAUUCAAACAACAACCGGAGGCAGGAGUCUGAUGAAGACAGUUUGGGAAGCUCUGCAAGGAUCAGUGUGGAGAAAUGGAAUCUUUACAACUCUUCCAGAGUCCACAUCCACAGACCAUCCAGUGUUGCCCAAGAAAUUCAGAGGCUCAAUGCACUAGAACUUGAAAAAAAAAUUGGGAAGUCAGUCCUUGGAAAGGUUCACCUGGCCAUGGUUCGCUAUCAUGAAGCCGGGCGCUUCUGUGAGAAGGACAAGGAAUGGGAUCAGGAGUCAGCCCUGUUCCACCUGGAGCAGGCUGCAGACUGCGGGGAGCUGGAAGCCAUCGUUGGGUUGGGCCUCAUGUGCUCUCAGCUGCCACAUCACAUUCUUUCCGAGGUCACCCUUCAGGAUACAAAGGAGAACAGAAAUAAAGGAUUUAAUUACUUACUGAGAGCAGCAGAAGCUGGAGACCGGCCUUCCAUGAUUCUGGUAGCAAGAGCAUAUGACACAGGUGUAAAUCUUGGUGCAGACAGAGCCCAGGAUUGGAAGGAGGCAUUGCACUGGUACAACGCUGCACUGAACAUGACCGACUAUGAUGAGGGAGGUGAAUAUGAUGGCACUCAGGAUGAGCCUCGGUAUCUGCUCCUGGCCAGGGAAGCAGAGAUGUUAAUGAUGGGAGGGUUCAACCUGGAGAAGAAUCCACAGAGAUCAGGUGAGCUUUACACAGAAGCAGCAGAAGCAGCCAUGGAGGCCAUGAAGGGCAGACUGGCAAAUCAGUACUACCAAAAAGCAGAAGAGGCUUGGGCAAUGAUGGAAGAAUAACUCUGAAAUUAAGCAGUUCUUGUAUAUAAAUUUUUUAUACACUUUGCUGCAUUUGCAGCUAAAAGGAUGUAUUUUUAUGUGAUGUUACCAGGUUGUUUUUUCUUCGUAUUUUAGUUUUAUAAUUUUUUCGAGGGUAGAAAUCUAAAUGUAAGUAGUAUGUAGGGUGCCCUAGUAUACUUCUGUUUGUGUUUUAAAGCUGUAAUACACACACACUUGGACCUUUUGUACUUUUUUUACUGUUAGAACUGAGGGGCCUAGUUUUUUUGACAAAAGAAAAUGAGGCUUUAUUAUUUAGCCUUUAAUGUCCUGUUUUUUACAUAGCAAAUGAUCAGUAUGUUUACAUUUUUCUUCUCCUCCCCACAUACAGAAAAACAUCUUCCUAAAUUCUCAGCAUUUCUUCAUCAUUUUUGGUGUAUCUCACCAAAUUUGCACAUGAACAUAAAUUUUCAGUUUAUGGAUGCAGCUACUGAUAUUGAUAAGUAGUCCCAUUCUAAUUUGCUGACCUUGUUGGACACUUUAUUCUCAAAUGAAUUUCAGAUGGAAUCCUUAGUUUGGAGAGGGGUAGGGAAGAUGAUUCAGAUUGGCAGUGAGGAUAUUCAGACUGGAAUGUUCUAUUCAUUACCAGCAUUGCAUAUUAUACCAUUAGAAAAACAUUCAUGUUCCUGAUGAGGUGAGGCAUCCAGCUACCUCUCUCAUUUUCACAUUUUGCACCAUAUAAAAGUUUAGGUGUAUAAAAUUCUACUGAUCUUAUAUUUGUCAAAUGACAUAAAGUAGCAAGAUUUGUAAUAUACAGGUAAUUUGAAGUUAGUUUUACAGUGGCAUCUCAAAUUUCAGUGACACUAAAUCAUCUCACUUAAAACAAGGCCACAUUUUCCACCAUCUCCAGAUGGAUGUUUGAAGAGGUUAGGAGAUGUUGAUUCACCUAUUUCUAUGUACAUAAGACAAUUUAUAUGGUUUAAGUCUAUUUUAAAAUGGUAUUUUACCUGCAAAUGCCAUUUAGAGAAGAGUUUCUGAUUAGAAAGGGAAAACAGUAUUACCCCCAAACACUUGAAUUUGUGUCCUCUUUGCCUAAUCCUAACCAGUGAGGGGAGGACAAAUACCUGGUGGUGGUUGAAUUAUCAUUGCACAGAGAUAAAUUUCUUCAAAUCCAAUCUUUUACUCCAAAGCUGCUGUGCCAUCUGUAUGGAUAGUACAGAAGCUGUUCCUAUUCCUUGGUUGUGGUUAACAGUCAUUUUGCAGGAAAUUUAAGAUGGAAGCUUCUGCCUCCUUGGCCUUGCAGUCCCCUGAGGUGUAAAUUGAUGUGCUGUAAUGCUCACCACUUCAGCCAAGCUCUUAAAAGCAGGUGUAAAGCUAAGCAGGCUGAGAGAUGAUGCAGGAUUGAUUAGGAUUUCUUGCGUGCAUAGCCAAGGAAUAUUAACUUCUUGUAAAAUGCAGAGAACAGAAAUCAGUUCUCUCUUUUCCUGUGCAAGUGCCUGUCACUGGAAUCAAACUGUGCUUCCAUUUGCUCUUUUUUAUGGCAAGUGGAUCUUGAAUUGCUGUUUAGACAGUAUCCAAGAGUGAUAUCACUAACAACUGCCACUGUCUGAAAGAGGUGAACUCCUGGUGGUUAAGGGAGGAUUUUAAUCCUUUCUAGGAGGGAAGGGAAGGUUACCCUUGGAUAUUGUACUUCAGGCUGGUGCUGUAACCACCAGGCAGUUGUAGCUGUGAGCAGCCUUGCAACACAUGGCAACAUCUUUUUGCUGUAGGUUGCAGAGGCGUGGGAAAGUAGUGCCCACGACCUUUUUCAUUUUUGUUUUGUUUUGAGAGUGAGGGCAAAGCUCCCCACCUGUUAAUGGAGAAAUGUCUCAUUUCUCCAUCUCAGUUGGUCUUAGGUAGUGAGGUACUAGAAUGACCAGAUUUUUGGACCUAAUAUUUUUUGUACCUAACAUGCUGAAAUAGAACCAGAGGACUGCAAUUCAGAUGAAUGUUUUCAGUAUCCAAAGUUUCUGUUUUAGAUGCCUAAAGCCUCUCUGGGAUGUGGCUUUUUUUGCUAUUUCCAUUCAUAGCAUGAAAGUAUCAGCUGUUAAUGAAAGGUGAAGCCACUCACGUCUGAAGACAGCUGAAUAAUCUAUUUUGUGCAGAACCUAUACAGUGUAGGGACUAUAGCAAAAUCAGAGAAAAAGAUUUGUUUCCUUCAUAAGGUGUUGAUGCCAAAUCUUUUGAGAUUUUCCUUGAGAAGGAAGCAUAUGUGACAGCACCACUAACCAUGUAGGGAGGAGAUUGAAAGUGCCUGUCCAAAAUGUGCAUGCAAAGAAUGUAGAGUGUAAUUAUUGACACUUUUUGGUGUAGUUUAAUUUGCUAAAUUCAAUAGUUGUUGAAGUUGCUGACAGCUCUGUGUAGAUCUGGUAUGUAAAUGUGCACACAAUUCAGUGCAAAAAUUAUUAUGGUUAUUAAUUCUUUGUUUGCAAAUACUGCUUUUUGGUGAUGAAGACUACCUUGUGUCCGAAGGUGUAUUAGAUGAUUUGGCCAUUCAAUAAAUGGGACUGUCAAUAAUAUGAAAAUGAAAAUUGUUUACAGAAAUAUUUGCAACUUACUCUGUGACAUUCUUUUGAAGGGAAUACUGUAUAUUUUAAAGACUUUUGCAAUGAUAUUGCUUUAUGCUGUAUUUUUAAUCUAUUCACAAUGAAUAAAUAAAAAUCUGUAUUUUUAAAAAUGUGAAAAUAAAUCUGAGACUCAGCCUGCCAGAACUUACCUGGGUUCAAUGUUUCCAGAUGUCAGUGGGAAUGCUGCCUGGGUAAGGACAGUGAGAUGGAAGCCUUUGUAUGACAGACAAGCAAAUACUGUUUGCCUGCAUCACUUAGUCCUCUCAUUCACUUUGUCUGAGUUCAUUCUGGAUAGUCAAUAAAAUUCUUCUUUUUGACACUUUUCUCA